AUGCGACAGAGUCAGCGUUUGUUACAUGCACGGGUCCUGAAUCGCCGGCUUGGGCUCAAAAUUGUGCUUGAAAUUUGUGGCACAAAAAGGCGGCGCACUCUGUUUCCACGAUCGGGUCGACCGAUUGACAGGAGCUCAAGCACAGACCACCGCGCUGUGCAGCGACAGCAUCCGAGCAUCAGUUUAGGCGACCGGCAACGCACACUCCAGAGUUCCUCCAUCAUCGUGACCUCGACACCACUCCCAUUGGAAUCAUUCGCGCACAUUAUGUCGAUUCCAAAACCACCCCGGCUCAACGAGGCCCUGUCGCUCCUCAUCCAGUCACCACCCGGUCAAACCUCCCAGGUCUACCACGACCUCCGCGGCAUCCUCUUCGACUCGGACUCCAACGCUACCGACAACAUCAACGACUCGACCCUCCAAUUCGCUGCCGCCAUCGCACUCGAGGAGUACAAUACCCAGCAACUCGUCACCGCCACCUUGCCGGACGACAAGCAACCCGUGGUUAUCUGCCAAGCUGGUCAGGUCGUCGAUCACUUUCUCGGUAGCGGAACAGCUGGGGUCAAGAGGUAUCUGCAUCCGAAGCUGAAAAAGACGUUCUUGUUCGAUCACGUCAAGCGGACAGUAAGCGAUGUUCGCGAUGCUGGUGCGGGAGGCGAUGGUGAAGCAGAGCAGUUGAGGUCGGCGUUGGAACAGGCGCUGGACGUGUAUGUCAAGGAUAGAUAUCCGGAUGGUGUGAGCAGCGUGUUCGCUGUUUCGAGCGUACCGGUGAAGGAUGAGGCAGAGCUGAAGGAGCAAGUUGAAAACGCGGCGGUGGAAGAUGCAAAGUCUCCCGCUGAGAACACUGCUGCUGUUGACGAGACCAAGGACGACAACGUCGACACGGAGGGAGCAACGAAGAAAGCCGACGACGAUGAUGAGGAUAUCAAAGACGAUCCAGUAGAAGCUGUGAAAGCCGCCGAGCAAGUCUCCUCCUCCUCCACUACCCCUCCCUCCACCACCCCUACCGCUCCCGUCAAGACCACCUUCACCAUGCACCACGUGGGCAACCGCUACAACCUCUCCAACUUCUGGUCCGGUCGCUGGCGUGCCUCCUACACCCUCGAUCCGCACUCCACCCCACCCACCCUCACCUCUUCGAUCUCCGUCCAGGUGCACUACUUUGAAAACGGAAACGUCCAGCUCAACGCCUCCAAGCCGCGGACGUUCGAGCUCUCGGCCAGCAGCAGCAGCAGCGGCAAAAAGUUGGCCGACGAGGUGGUGGCCGUCGUAAAUGCACACGAGGACGCUUGGCAGAAGGCGCUGGAGCAGAGCUACGACGAGCUGGCGGAGAGGGCGUUCAAGGCGUUGAGGAGGCAGCUGCCGUUGACGCGGCAGAAGGUGGAUUGGGACAAGGUGCUCAACUACAAGUUGGGGGAUGAGUUGGCCAGAGGGUGA